UGACAGGCAAUCAGCAGAAUUCAUUAAGACAAACGGUCAGUUUGCUCGGGAUCCUCCAUCGUAGCAUCAUCUUCUCUUCCCAUUGUCCUGGGUUUUUAGUGAUUAGCACUAUGUCAUCCACCGAGUGUAGAGACCUGGGGCGGGUGAUGUGCAUAAUCACCGGGGCUUCCAGAGGUUUUGGCCGGGCUUUAGCGAGGGAGAUGCCUCGGCUGCUGAAACCCCGGUCAGUCCUCGUCCUGGUGGCUCGCUCCGGUGACGAGCUGCGGACUCUGCAAGCAGAGCUGGCCGAGUCGGAGACAAGCAAAGCGAGUCUGCUGGUUGAGCUUGUGGUGGCCGAUCUGGCUCAGAUGGAAGGACUGGAAAGCGUCGUCAGAUAGUCUAAAGAGGCUUUUUCCGAGGAUAUAGAUCACAUUAUACUGAUCAACAACGCAGCCUCUCUGGGUGAUGUGUCUCGCUAUGCUAAGAGCUUCACUAACAUGGCUGAGGUGGACUCCUACCUCUCUUUCAAUGUUAGCUCCACCCUGUGCCUCACUGCCAGAAUCCUGGAGGCUUUUCCACAGCGUUCAGGUCUACGACGCACUGUGGUCAACAUCAGCUCACUGUGCGCCCUGCAGCCUUUUUGCUCCUGGGUGUUGUACUGCACUGGCAAGGCUGCUCGUGACAUGAUGUUCAGGGUGCUUGCAGAUGAAGAGCCAGACGUCCGGGUGCUCAACUACUCUCCAGGGCCUAUGAACACAGCCAUGCAGAUGGAGGCCAGAUCCCAAACAGCUGAUCCUGGUAUAAAGAAGUCUUUCUCAGACAUGUUUGCUCAGGGCCAGCUGCUCACUUGUGAAGAGUCAUGUGCCAAACUGAUGAAGCUGCUGCAGGAAGACAACUACACAUCAGGAGCUCACAUCGACAUCUACGAUGUCUAGCCACAGCAAGAAUACUUACAGGCAUUUAACAGUGGGCCAGAUUUAUGUGUGCCUUGAUUUUGUUAUUGAAACUGUUGAUAAACUGACCAAUCUGACAACAUUGCAUCAUUACAAGAGAAACCCCUGUUAGAUCAUUGUCUUCCUCUCCUCAUUUUGGUGUGCCAAACAACAAUUUGCUCAAUGCUUCACCCUGUGGUUGGGGGGGAAUACCUACUUCAAUGCUGACACUGUGAUGCAUGAAUGCAUAAAGGUCCACUAUUUAUGAAACUGUUGCCCAAAACAAGGAGAAAAAGACAAAAUCCAUUAGGACAAGACAAAAUCUCACAAAGGUGAGAUCUGUACUUUAUUAGAAGUGUUUUCAAACAUUGUGGUCUACAUCACGACAAUGUGAUUGGUUUUGCAUUAGCCCCACUGUGGCUCUCAUGUAUUACAUACACUCGAGUCACAGAGCUAUUCUUCUGUGAGCUUUUGCAAUUGAAGCUUGUUGAACAUUUUAACCUUGUGCCAUUGUUUCACAACAUUUACACAAAUUCUGAAGGUAUUUCCAAAUCCUCACAGGCUUUUCUAACAAUGCAGAAUUAAAAACAUUCCAGUCCAGGAAAAAUAUAAUUUUUAUCAGUUUCUUGGGUCACAGAGUUUAUUUUCAGUUAAGUUGGGAUGGAUGUUAAAUAGGUAACAAUUAAAAUCUUGCAUCAUAUGCAGUUUUGAUUACUGAUGUUAAUGUGGUCUAAAUUAUCAAUCUAUUCAUUUUCUGAUGGUCUAUGCUGUGCAUAUAUAAUAAAAAAAGGAUGAAUAGUCACACUAAACAGCUCGGCCCCUCUGCACAAUUAGCCAGUAACAGAGACUAUAUGAGCAAACAGAACGUAGACUUGCAGGAUGUCUUCAUGUCUUUGCCCACAGCCAACUCAGUCCCUGUUUUACCUCUAAACCACCAAGUAAAGUCCUCUUUUUACCUCUAAACUAGUAUAAACGCCUCUUUACACAUUGUGCUUAUAAUGCCAAUAUUCAACCAGUCAAAGGCCACAGCUCUUGUUACUUGCUUCUUGUGCUGCUCGACUGCUGUCAGUUGAGGGUGCUAUUAGACCGGAUAAUGGGAGGACUAGGGGAAAACCAAAGAUAAAUCAAAGGAAUAAGGUGGCUAAAGCCCCAGCCUGAAGCUUUUCAUUAAUGUUUUCCUAUUGUGGUUUUAGAUAUUAUUUAAUCGCAAUUGUUUUCAUCAAUCAGGUAAAUAUGAAUAAAAAAAGAUGAUUAGAAUCACUAGCUGUGACUGAAAAAAUAAGAAUUUUAUUCAGUAAAACGGAUUUAACAAGAAUGCUAAAUACAACAAAUUUCUUCAUAUCAGAUCAGCCAGUGCUAGUGACCGUCUUCAGUGAAGUUUAAAAGUUUGUGAGAUUGUGUUUAACUGAAAAAGGUAAGAUUCUUUCCACAAUGAUAGUUUUUGUUUAAAGGGCCUAUGGCAUGCUUUUCCUUGUUUUAUGACUUAUCUUAAAUGUUACAACAGUGAAUCAUCAUCUUAGAUGUGACAUAAAAACCUCAAAAAAUAAGGUUUAUGUAUGUUCCAGUAUCUCUAUGCAGAACCAACUUCGUUUAUACACAUCCUGCAAACUCUCACUCUCAAGACUUUUUUUCCCCAGCAAAAUAAAGUAUUACGUGAUAGUUUAAGGUUUUCCUUGAAUGGGCAUUAUC